AUGGCCUGGACAGAGAUCGAUGACAUGCUCCGUAAAUCCACCAACCUGUUGUUGACGAGGACACUGAGUGGCUGUCUACAGAACCUCAUCAAGAAACCCCAUAUAGGACUAACUGAGUUGGUUCAGAUCAUCAUCAACACAACCCACCUGGAGCAGGCCUGUAAAUACCUGGAGGACUUCAUCACCAACAUCACCAACGUCUCACCUGAGACCGUGCACACCACGCGGCUCUACGGACUUUCCACCUUUAAGGAUGCACGCCAUGCAGCGGAGGGAGAGAUCUACACCAAACUGAACCAGAAGAUAGAUGAGUUCAUCCAGCUGGCAGACUAUGAUUGGGGCAUGCCGGAGUCGGACGGCCAGGCCAGUGGAUACCUCAUGGACCUCAUCAACUUCCUCCGCAGCACCUUCCAGGUCUUCACACACCUGCCGAAUAACUGCAAUGACCAUGCUGCCAUGUCGGGUAAAGUGGCCCAGACAGCCUGUAUGUCAGCGUGUAAGCACUUGUCCACGUCCCUGAUGCAGAUGCUGUUGGACAGCGAGCUGAAACAGAUCAGUAUGGGAGCCGUUCAGCAGUUCAACCUGGACGUCAUACAGUGUGAAUUGUUCGCCAGCUCAGAGCCUGUCCCAGGAUUCCAGGGAGACACUUUACAGCUGGCAUUCAUCGACCUCCGACAGCUGCUGGACCUGUUCAUGGUGUGGGACUGGUCUACGUACCUGGCUGACUACGGACAGCCCACCUCCAAGUACCUUCGGGUCAACCCCUCCACUGCACUAGCACUUUUGGAAAAAGUCUACAGGGGAAUGAAGGACACCAGUAAGAAGAACAACAUAUUUUCUCAGUUCAGGAAGAAUGACCGAGACAAACAGAAGCUGAUUGAGACGGUGGUGAAACAGCUGAGGAGCCUGGUCUAUGGGAUGUCUCAACACUCCUAGAACACACACACAGAUGGACACACAGACAGACAGAGACACACACACACAGAUGGACACACAGACAGACAGAGACACACACACAGAUGGACACACAGACAGAGACACACACACAGACCAACCAGCCAUCACCUUUCAGUUUCACCAGAUUCCAUGCAUAGUGUAAAUAAAGAGAAGACACACACACAGACACACACACGAGACAUCAAGCUAAAACAGUUUCUCUGUCAGGACUGAGAAAAAGAGUGAAAUGUUUGAAAUGUAUUUUUGAAAGCCUCAGAAUACUAUGUUUUGUAUAUAGUGAGAGUGCAGUGAUUUGUGUCACCACAGUGAUGUAAGGAAUGUAAAGAUGGCAUCUCAGAUGAAGACUGGACAGGAAACUGAUGUUCACUGGGUGAAGUGGCCCAGAUAGGGGAUUGAGCCAUGAAGUAUAGGCUCCAAUCCCCCGAGCCCUAUCCGCCCUGCUCUAAAGUAGUGCACUAUAUAGGGAAUAGGGCCCUGGUCUAAAGUAGUGCACUAUAUAGGGAAUAGGGCCCUGGUCUAAAGUAGUGCCCUAUAUAGGGAAUAGGGCCCUGUUCUAAAGUAGUGCACUAUAUAGGGAAUAGGGCCCUGUUCUAAAGUAGUGCACUAUAUAGGGAAUAGGGCCCUGUUCUAAAGUAGUGCCCUAUAUAGGGAAUAGGGUGUGAUUUGGGACACGUCCUGGAAGAUCUCUACAUCGCUCCAUAAUGCAGUACUGGGUGGAGUUAGUUUCUACUGUAAAUAUAUUGGAGAAUAUUUAACACUACAGAGAAUCACGCUGGUUGGGUCACAAAUGUCCUCCUAUUUCCACAGGGCUCUGGUCAAUGGCAGGGAUUCACUCUCUCCCUGUCUCUGUCAGUCAUUCAGCUCUCUCCCUGUCUCUGGCAGGGAUUCACUCUCUCCCUGUCUCUGGCAGGGAUUCACUCUCUCCCU